AUGUCCUUUGACACCUUAGAAGGGUGGAUUCUGACCCGGGAUUCAGAUAUCCGUCACCUGAUGUCCUUUGACACCUUAGAAGGGUGGAUUCUGACCCGGAAUUCAACUAUCCGUUACCUGAUGUCCUUUGACUCGUUAGAAGGGUGGAUUCUGACCCGGGAUUCAGAUAUCCGUUACCUGAUGUCCUUUGACACCUUAGAAGGGUGGAUUCUGACCCAGGAUUCAACUAUCCGUUACCUGAUGUCGCUUGACUCCUUAGAAGGGUGGAUUCUGACCCGGGAUUCAGAUAUCCGUCACCUGAUGUCGCUUGACUCCUUAGAAGGGUGGAUUCUGACCCGGGAUUCAGAUAUCCGUCACCUCAUGUCGCUUGACUCCUUAGAAGGGUGGAUUCUGACCCGGGAUUCAGAUAUCCGUCACCUCAUGUCGCUUGACUCCUUAGAAGGGUGGAUUCUGACCCGGGAUUCAGAUAUCCGUCACCUGAUGUCGCUUGACUCGUUAGAAGGGUGGAUUCUUACCCAGGAUUCAGAUAUCCGUCACCUGAUGUCGCUUGACUCCUUAGAAUGGUGGAUUCUGACCCAGGAUUCAGAUAUCCGUCACCUGAUGUCGCUUGACUCGUUAGAAGGGUGGAUUCUGACCCGGGAUUCAGAUAUCCGUCACCUGAUGUCGCUUGACUCCUUAGAAUGGUGGAUUCUGACCCAGGAUUCAGAUAUCCGUCACCUGAUGUCGCUUGACUCGUUAGAAGGGUGGAUUCUUACCCAGGAUCUCACCUUCUCACCAUAA